UUAAAGAAAAACCAUAACAACAAAUUUUAAGCAAGAAUAUCCUGUAUCUCCUCUCCUAUAUCAAAUUUCAAAAAACUGUUGUCUGUUUAGUCCAACUAGUCUUAUUAACAGUCUCACUGAGUCACUGUUGAGUGUUGACUGUUGAGCCACUGCCUUCUUCUCUAAUCUCUAUAUUCCCAAAAGAAAUGAAUUUUCAUACUCUCUCGGUUUCUUCUUCUUUGGUACCCUGCACUCCAAAAACUUAUCUCUGCUCCAACAUCAAUAAUGAGUCCAGCCGGGUCAACUCGCCCGCGCCAUCCCAACUCACCACAAAAAGGCGGUGCCUCUUCUGUGGAAGAAGGCACUUCGUUGAAGCUGCAACAUUGGCAACUACACUCUUCCCUAUUAAACCCUCCAGAGCCACCAAUAAUUCAGAUUCUGAUUACGAUUACGCGGAUGUGCUUAACCAGUUUCAUCCACCAAAGCCAGAUUGGUAUGAAGAGUUCUAUGCUUGGGUUAUGAAUUCAGCUACUAAGUCUUAUGAAGCUGAGGUUGCAAAGUACAAGUCACAAGUCUUAAGUAACUUGAAGGGGAAGAAGGCUCUUAAAAUCUUGGAGGUUGGGAUUGGAACAGGUCCUAACCUCAGUUAUUAUGCUAACGAUUCCGAUGUUCAUGUUGUUGGCAUUGAUCCUAACCCGAAGAUGGAGAAAUAUGCUCGGUCUGCAGCUAGAUUGGCUGGCUUACUGCUCUCAAACUUCGAGUUUUUUCAAGCUGUUGGGGAGGCUAUACCACUAAGUGAUGCUUCAGUGGAUGCAGUCGUUGGAACGCUUGUAUUGUGUUCUGUUAAAGAUGUUGAUUUGGCAUUAAAAGUUAAGAGGGUGUUGCGACCCGGUGGAAAGUAUGUGUUUGUCGAACAUGUGGCUGCAAAAGAUGGCACAACUCUCAAAUUUUUCCAACGACUUACUGAUCCUCUGCAGCAGAUACUUGCAGAUGGGUGCCACCUUUCAAGAGAUACAGGAAACAGCAUAUCCAAAGCUGGAUUUUCAAGUGUUGAGUUCAAGACAGCAUUUGUGUCUAACGCUUCAUUUAUAAACCCCCAUAUAUAUGGAAUAGCAUACAAGUAGCACCGAAAGGCACGAGCUGCCCCGGCUACAUUGCUUCGAUCAAGGACUAAAUCUUCCUCUUCCUCAACAUCUGUACCAAGCACAAAUUUCUGAAGUUAUACCGUAAAGUAUGUUUCGUAUCAUGUUCUUUUGGUUUCAAAAUAGUGCGGUGGAGGAGACACUGCUAUUUUGCAUCAUUUACAGCAUAAUAUAGGUUUCAACACUUAUUGUUUUCAUUUCAUUCCAAGACUUGGAAGUUUGAGGCGACAUCCAUGGCACCAACAACGGGCUCCGAUACCGUUGUUAAGUAUCUAAGAAAGUAGGAAACCACACCUUAAAAGCUAGCUGAUGAGUGGUUCUAUAUCAAGCAUCCUAUAUUACCCCAUGUGAGACUUUGAGCAUCCCAUAAUAUACCCAAGCCCCUAACAGACACCUUUUGUUCCCCAACAAAGUCUUGCGUGCUUGGUUAAUAUGUUGUGUUGUCCACCUAUCUUCUUCUUCUUGCUAUAAAGCAUCUUUAAUGGCAUCAUUGUCAAACACAAAUUUGGCUAGUGUUGUUUUGCCCGCAUCUCGAAUUCCACUAUCGAAAUGAUGCAACAAUUUGUUUCUCUGAAUGUAAAUGAACCAUCUGAACUUCUACAUCCUCAUCAAAUCCAAUGAUCUUUUGGUCUUUAACGUUAAGAGAUAGUUGUUUCAUUUGCUGCAACUUUGAACAGCGGAGAACGAGUCAGCUCCGGUCUGAAACUUCACUAAACCAUGUCUUUAUCCUUCUUGAGGAAUCUUGAAUCUUUCUCCCAAUGCUAUCCAACUUCCAUUCAAUAACAAAGCGACUCUGGCACAUGAAAACAUGGGUUUCCACGGUUUGUGCAGUUCUCUUGUAUAUUCAUCAAUAACAAACUGAAUUUUUCAAGCAAUGGCUCUCAGUUCAC